AAAGAGAAAAAUAGAAUCAGUCAAAGAGGGGAGGACGCUAGAGCAACGUACUGGAAAUUAUAUAGUCUAAGGAAAGGAGGCAUCUCCUUUGUCUAUAAGGUUUAUCCUUAUAUCGUGGUCAAGGUCCCUAGGCUAGGAGGCUUUGAGAGAGAGAUACAAGAUAAUCAUAUCCGAGACCAGGAAACUACAAUAAUAAACGACCUUGCUCAGGCUGUCGCUUUCCUCGAAUUGCUUAACCUUGCCUAUAGCUUAAAGCUAUCUGACUCUGAUUAUACAGCAGAAAUUAGGGCAGAUUUUGAAGCUUAUAUAGCCCCUUAUAGAAGAUUGUUAAACGACAGCGAGCCAGACCAAGAACGAUGUGGCACUUCAGGCUUCCUUGGUCCUCGUACAGAUUUUGAGGUUUAUAGAGACCGAUGCCUUACUAAGGAUCCCGGGGAGUAA